AUGAUUAUCGAAACGGACAGAUUGGAGCAGCAUAUGGAAGCCGGCACUACACUUCUCGACUGCUUCAAGAGCGUGAACGCUAGGCGCACCGAGAUCGCUGUUGGAGUUUAUGCAAUCCAGGUCCUCAGCGGGAUAUAUCUUGUUGGCUAUUCAAACUAUUUCUUCACCCUUGCUGGGCUUAGCACCGAUGAUGCCUUCAACAUGGGGCUCGGGUUUCUCGGCGUUGGGUUUCUGGGUACUGUUCUCUCGUGGUUCGAGCUCGCAUAUUUCGGCCGUCGUACCAUCUACCGCAACGGCCUAGCGAUGCUCGCCGUCCUCCAGUUCGUCAUCGGCAUCCUCGACUGCGUUCCAGACUACGAAAAACGCCCCAACGUCAUCUGGGCCCAGGCAUCGAUGAUGGUAGUCUGGAACUUUGCGUAUAGCCUGUCCGUUGGGCCUGUGUGUUUCGUCAUCCUGUGCGAAUGCUCAGCGACAAAAGUCCGGUCGAAGACCAUUGCGUUGGCCACUGCUGUGCAAGCGAUGCUUGGUAUCGUCAUGACGGUUGCGAUUCCGUACAUGAUUAACCCCGAUGCAGCGAACUGGCGGGGGAAACUGGGAUUUUUCUUCGGGGGUCUUGCUACGAUAUGUUUCAUCUGGACAUUUUUCAGAGUCCCAGAGACAAAGGGCAGGACGUAUGAAGAGCUUGACAUCAUGUUUGAGAGAGGUGUGCCUACCAGGAAGUUCAGAGGCUACAAGUUUGAUUAG